AUGGUUCGCCGCAGAUCAGCAAGCCCACCACCAAUGCGUAGCAACUUACCAGCAAGACCGCCACCCGCAGCUCUUGCCCACCCGCCACCUACACAACCCAAACAACCAGGUUUGAUGGGACAGAUGGCUGCCACUGCUGGUGGUGUCGCUGUAGGACACGUCAUUGGCUCUGCAGUAACUGGUGCAUUUUCGGGAAGCGGUUCCCAACCAGAACAAGUCCAGAGUAGCGAGCCUGCGCGGGUGUCUUCUCAGCAGAACCCUUGCCAAUAUCAGAUUGACGAGCUGAUCCGUUGCACCCAAACUCAACGAGACAUAACACUGUGCACCGGGUUCUCGGAUGCGUUGAAGGAGUGCAGUCGAACCUAUGGAGUUUAUCCCGGCCAAAUGUGA